CUUAAAGCUCGAGAACACCACACAGUAUUAAAUAUUAAGAGAGAUGAAUAAAUUUGUUGUGGUAUUUGUUGUUGCUCUUGUCUCAAGCGCUUGCGGUGAGGCUGGUUAUGGAUACAGUCGUCCAUCAUCAGGUGGAUAUAGCAGCGGUGGACACAGUAGCUUUGGAGGGGGAUCAUCGGGUGGAUAUUCUUCAUCUCACAUUGGAGGUGGAUAUUCAUCGGGAUCAGGAUUUGGAGGUGGAUUUGGACAUGGUGGGGGCUCAGGAUAUCAACAAGUUGCUAUCGGACAUCAAGGGACAGAAGGAUUAAACAUUGAUCAAAAGUUAUUACAUACAAUUGAACAAAUCUUAGUCCAACAAGAAAAUAUUGGAGGUGGUGGACGUGGAGGACAUAGCGGACAUGGAGGACAUAGCGGACAUAGUGGAAUCAGCUCAUCAUAUGGCCCACCUUCUCAAUCUUAUGGACCACCUUCACAAUCAUACGGACCACCUGGAUACGCCUCAGCACGUGUUGUUGGUGUUCAAUUUGGACAUGUCCAACCAAGUCGUCAAGUUGCACAAUACUUGAAACAAGAAUCUAUCUCAGGAGGAUAUGCACCAAGUCAAUCAUAUGGAGCUCCAAGCAGCUCUUACUCAUCUCCAUCAUUCUCAGCACCAAGCAGCUCUUAUGGCGCACCAUCAUUCUCAGCACCAAGUCAAUCAUAUGGAGCACCAAGCAGCUCUUAUUCAGCUCCAAGCAGCUCUUACUCAUCUCCAUCAUUCUCUGCUCCUUCAUUCUCAGCACCAAGCAGCUCAUACGGAGCUCCAUCACGUCCAAGCUCAUCAUACGGUGCCCCAUCUCGUCCAUCAACAUCAUACGGAGUUCCACACUAAAAAGAUUAAUCAAAAUACUCAAAUUGCCUGCCUACAUGAACCUAAAUCCUACUUUAUAUUUUAAUCUAACGAGAGAGCGAGAGACAAUUGCAUUUCUUAAUUAAUUUAUUUGUUACCGUUGUAAAUAAUUCUUGUCAUAAUCAUACGAAUAAGUUGAAGAAGAUGAAGAAAAUGUUUUUGUUAAAUAAAAAAAGUUACAGUCGAAAA